AUGUCUACAAAUGUCGGAAUGUCCUCCUGCUGUCUGUCGGGCAAAGUGCACGAAGGUACACCCACAGGAAGGGUCGAAGUAAUCAACGAUCUCUCCACCUAUAUUGCGGAGCCCCAAGACGGCUCGAAAGCCAAGACAAUCAUAUUUCUCGUCGACAUCUUCGGCUACGAAUUCAAAAACGUCCGUCUCCUAGCAGACAACUACGCCAAAGCCGGUUUCUACGUCUACAUCCCCGAUGUCCACCAAGGAAACAGCAUUCCGCUUUCCUUUCUCCAGAGCGUCGAGCCGCCUCUCCAAGUCCGGGAGCAGCAAUCGCUUUUGGAGAAAACCAAAGCCACCGGCGUGGUGGCCACCACGCUGCCGCCCUGGCUCGUCAGACAUCGCGAGGGAAUCACCAGACCACUCAUUUCCUCCUUCAUCGCACAUAUUCGCAAUAUUCCCGGUACGGGAAAGGUCGGCGCGUUGGGAUUUUGCUGGGGAGGACGCUAUGCGAUAUUGGCUGCGCACGGAGAGGUUGAUGCGGCGGUGGCGUGUCACCCGUCGCUAGUUUCUGUGCCGGCGGAUUUCGAGAGCGUGACGAAACCGUUGAGUUUGGCGGUGGGGGAUCAGGAUAGUUUGUUGGAUCGGGGGACGGUCGGGCAGAUCCAGGAUCUGAUGGCGAAGAAGACGGAGUUGCCGCAUGAGUUGAGGAUUUACGAGGGCCAGAUUCAUGGGUUUGCGUUGAGGAGUGAUUGGGGUUCGGAGAAGGAUAAGAAGGCUAUGGAUGAUAGUGAGGAGCAGGGCAUAGAGUGGUUUAAUAAGUAUCUUGCGUAG